AUCUCCAUGUGUGUAUAAGCGAAGUGGUAUACCACCACACUAUCUCGAUCAUGAUUUUGAUCACAUAGUGACGAGAUUUGAUUUACCCUGAACUGACAUGAAUUUAGAUCCAGCCCAUUGUUUUCGCCAUCAUCGGUAUACCUACUACAUCUGUCUUCUUCCGAAGUGAACAUGUUCUUAUGAAGUACUUUUUAUUUCUAAUAGAAUCUCCAACAUGAACUACAUUAGCAGAGCAGCGGCCUCGGCUGGGCUACCCCGACCAUCCGAAGAAGUCGGCUACUUGAUCUACUGUCCAACAAUGGCAGAAUUGGAAGACACGUGUAUGAAGGAAUUGGACCCUGAAAACGACUUCGAGAAAGAUGAUAAACUUCACUUGCAGACUAUCAUUGCACGAUCAAGAGUUAAAGAUGAAUUUGCAACCAUAAGACAGAGCAUGACAUCGAUAGCAGGGGAGUUACCCUUGGAAGGGGCAUCAUCCAGCCACCAAGGUCACCAUGAAGCAAACCGUGUUUUAAGAGCAGAGGGUUGUAUUAACGCGGUCCGUCCAUCAAGUUCACCUCAACAUCUGAGUAGUAACAUAUUGAAUCAAAACUCGUCACAUCUUGGGGAUAGUACCAAGGUCAGUCCAUCAUGUUCAUCCCAACAACUAGGUAGUAACAUCGUGAAUCAUUCAAGCUCGUCUCAGCAUGGAGGUAGUAUCAACGCGGUCCGUCCACCAAGUUCGCUUCAACAUCUGAGUAGUAUAGUGAAUCAUUUAAACUCGUCACAUCUUGGGGAUAGUACCAAGUUCAGUACAUCAAGUUCAACCCAACAACUAGGUAGUAACAUCGUGAAUCAUUCAAACUCGUCUCAAAAUGGAGGUAUUAACACGUUCAGUCCAUCAAGUUCACCUCAACAUCUAAGAAGUGACUUGGUGAAUCAUUCAAGCUCGUCUGAACAUAUAGACAGUAAGGGAACAGUGCGUACCAGUGAGAGUGCGAUGGAGAAUGUUCGGAAGUGUUCCUUUUGCAACAAGGAAUUCAAAUACCGUGUUCACCUUGAGCGCCACUUACGAACCCACACCGGGGAGAAACCUUUCAAAUGUUCACUCUGCGAUAAGACGUUCGGGCAGAAGGAGAGUCUUAAGAGUCAUUUCGUAACGCACACGGGAGAAAAAUUGCACAAGUGUGGCAUUUGUGAGAAGCGGUUCCCACAGGCGACAGGUCUUCAUUACCACAUGAAAGUUCACAAUGGAGAGCGCCACCACGAGUGUCCUGUCUGCAAGAAGAAGUUCAUUGACAGAAGAGGAGUCAAAAGACACAUGAUAACGCACACUGGGGAGAAACCCGUUGAAUGUUCUAUAUGUCAGAAACGGUUCACGCAAAGACAUGCUCUUACAACGCACAUGCGGCAUCACACAGGAGAAAGACCUUUUGAAUGCUCGGUUUGCCAGAAGAGAUUUAUGGCGAAGGUGCAUCUCACCUCGCAUAUGCGCUCUCACACCGGUGAAAAGCCGUUCAAAUGUUCCGUGUGUGAUAAACAUUUUCCACAUCCUGGUAAUGUUUCUGUUCACAUGCGAACACACACAGGUGAACGGCCAUACGAAUGUAAAGUAUGCAAGAAAAGGUUUACACAGAGUUGUACUCUUUCAAGGCAUUUGAAAACUCACCAAAAUGAAGAGGAGGAAACUAAAUCAGAUUAACUAGAACUGAAUUUAAUAAUAAUGUAGUUUUAUAUAGCACAUUUUAUACCUGUAAGGUUUCGCUUUACAGAAAUAAAAUUAUACAAAUAUAAAUUAGAACAGUGUAAAAACGCUUAAAUAACAUCAAUUAAUCAAUUGGCUAAAUUAUACUUCAUUAAAAAGACACGUCUUAAGUUCUGAUUUAAAUUCAGGCAGCCACCAGCUAGGGUGUUUCAUGAAAGUUAUAAAAACUGACUCAUUGUCAGUGCUGACAAUAUCAGUGAAAUCCUUGGUUUUGAUUGGCUGACAGGCACUGGCCUCUCACUGUUACCAUAGUAACUAUCGGAGAAAUACAACAUGUCAGUAACGACUUUUAUGAAACGUCCGCAGUAUUCUUGGCCGCGCCGACCGUAAUAAUCCGUUCGAAUAAUGAGAACUAAAAAAUUUUAUUAUGUGUAUUUACAACAGGUCAUAUAAUUCCAUUAUUCAAGAAAACAUUCGUGUAAAUGCAGAUAGAAUAACUAUGGAAGCUAAUUUUCAGUAUUUUAGCUGUAAGAUAAACGAAUGUUUAAGUUUUGUAAUUGGUUUCGAUAUUUUUAUUUUUAUUUGUAAUCCCAUCACCCAAAUGACACACUUCUCGAAUACCCCAAAACGGACCAACCGUCUCGUCGGAAUAGGUUCGGAUACACGUAGAAUAAGCAUAUUCCCGAUGUUUAUUUGAAAGAUUGCUUAAUUGUAGUUUAAUGAAGAAUCACGGAAUAUAUUCACUUUACACAUAAUAGAGAUUAACGCUUGACGAUCGAUGCACGACGAAUUAACGAACAUAGAAAAUGUAUUGCCAAAUUUCCUUCAUGACAAACGACAUUAAUCAAGAAUUUUCUGUCGAAAAUGUAUGAAUUAAAACAGUAGUUUUGUCUUAACCCUGGACAAGCGACAUGUUUGUAAUUUUUCGUCAGCGUCGAAACUUAGAACGGAACCUGCCCUUCCGAUUUUCAAAUUUCCGACAAAGCCCUCUCUUAAAUCUGUCGUGCGCCACGGAGCAAAAAAGAUCCAUGUUCCGCGAUGUUCUCGAUUGUGAAUGCAUAGACUUUCAUUCUAUUGUAGUGACUUGACUAUAUCUAUAUCUACAUCUAUAUAUUCUUUCCUUGUAUAUAUUUUCAUUUACAUUUCAACAUUCUGUAUAUGUAUAUAAAUUCUUUCUUUUAUUUCCAAUUUCAUAUAUUCUCACUUGUUCACGCCAUGUGCAUGUACUACAAUACUGUACAUUCACAGAACAAGGCAACUCAUUUCUUGCCCAAAUCUACUUGGCAAACACAUUCUUAUAUUGAGAAACAACCUUUCUUUUGUUCCUAGACUUGGAGCAAAUAUCCUUUCAUUGUUCCUUGUUUAUUACAAUGAACUUGCAGGUAUACAACAUCACUACAAGAUGCUUGCAUGUUUGCUUUUCUCACAGUCUGCUUCUCUCUUCUUUGUUCUUUUCAACUUUGUUUUGCCUCCCUUUUUGGCGCUUAUUUCUUUGUCUCAUCUUUUCUGAUGUUGGUAAAACAACUUGUUUUCUCUACCACAUCAUCACUCUACUCUCUGCCUUCGUCCUAUCCACUCAUGCUGACCAUCUCAUCCAGCUGCUAGUGAGGAUUGAAUCAAAUCUUGUGGAGGAUCAACUUAUACUUAAUUAUUUCUCUAUCUUUCCCAAUUCUUCAUACCGUCACUUCCACUCCUUCGAAGUCUAUAUUCUCUGCAUAUUUAAUGAGCUCAUUAUUUCGCGAGACAUUUUGUGACAUCUGUCCCUUUUUCUACUCUAUUUGAAAU